AUGGACAGUCAAACUAUAAAGUGGCUAUGUUUCACUGGUUUAGCUGAAGAUUAUCCAGCAUGGAGUACGAAAUUUAUGGCGUAUAUGCAAACAAAAGGUUUGUACAAGUCACUUCUCGAUAAGGAAGUUUUAAUGCCAGAAGUCACUCCGUUCACCGAAGCAGCCACAGCCGAUGAAAGACCAGAACGGGCAGCUCAAGUAGAGCAACGAAAUCAACAAAUUAAAGAAAUCGACAAGCGAAAGAAUAGCGUUUGGUGUCAUAUAGCGUUAGCACUAGACAAAACAAGUCUUAUGUAUAUUCGACAUGAUUGUUUGUCCCCAGAUGGAACGGGUGAUGGAGCAAAAGCGUGGCGUUUAUUACAGCAACGUUAUUCAAACGUGGAAAAGCCUACCGUAGUAAGUCUAGUGAGAUAGUUAUCGCGUUUACAGCUCGGAGAAGAUGAAAAAUUACACGAAUAUUUUAUACGUUCUCAAGAGCUUAUGUCUAGACUAUCUGAAGCUGGUGAGAAAAUAUCAGAAACACUGUUUAAUGCAUUAAUCAUUAAUGGUCUUCCAGACAAAUACGAACAUCCAGCGUCGACAUUUACUGAACUAAGAACCCGACUGCAAAAAUAUGAAGACAGUCGAAUACAAGGAAAUCAAACGGAAGAUAAUUCGUCAGUGGCAAUGCAUUCUUCAAAUAGACAAGUUAGAAAUAAGAGUUCGACACCACAGACGAAAAAUUGCUAUGUUUGUGGAAAUCCAGGACAUUUCGCAAAACAAUGUAAUAAGAGGAGCUCAGCAACAUGUUCCAUAUGCAAGAAAAGAGGUCACUUGGCAAAAGCUUGUAGAAGUGCUGGGAAAACAGAAAAAUCUCAAGGAAAAGAACCACCUGCAGUCUCAUCUUAUUCCAAUUGUUUCGUAAGUCCUUUGCAAGAAGAAAACAAUGGCUCAGAAUAUUCAAAUUGUUUAAUCGUGGACACUGGUUGUACAGAUCACUUCUCAAAUUCAUUAAUAAUUCAUGAGUAAUUCAGCCAAUGAUAAUCACCUAUUUGAUCACAAGAUGCCAUUUGGAUACUUGAUGAAAGUCACUAGUGUUUUCAUCAAAUAUCUUAAUUACGCAUGCAAAAUUACUUGAAUAGAAUUCCUAAUCACGUUAUGCUUGGUUAAGAAUUCUAUUCAAAUCAGCAAACGAAAACAUUCUGUUACGUCUCGAUUCAUUUGAGAAGCCAUAUAAACAACUCGAGCUCGUGUCUCACUGGGAUAUCCAAACACUCGAAAACAAUGUAUGAAAACACUCGCGCUUCGCGCUCGUGUUCUCAUACAUUGUUUUCUCGUGUUUGGAUAUCCCGGUGAAACACUCGCUCUCGUUGUUCAUAUAUUACAUCAUAAAUCAAAAUAAUGUCUUUGAAAAUCUACGUCCUUGUAAUGAAAAGAGUGUUAGAGAUCCCAAAGGAAACCUCACCUCACACCUGUUCAAGGAAUUGGCGACGUGCCAAUAACGGUCCAGUUAAAGGAUGGAAAGAUGGCAGGCUAUGUACCAAGCUAUGAGGUAAACCUCCUUUCAGUCAAUACAGCCGUUAGUUUUGGCCAUAGAUUCAUAUUUCACGAGAGUAAAGCAAGAAUGGUGUUGAAUGAUGGUCAUGAAAUUAACUUAAAGAAAGACACUGGUCUGUUCUUCCUAAAAGUCACCUUUCGAAACCUAAUCGACCCAGUCACUUGCAACACGAGCAAAGGAGAUAUCACAGGAGAUAUCGGUUUAUGGCACAAACGUCUGGGGCAUCUCAACAAAGUUGAUGUAGAGCGUACCAUUGGAUGUAAGAAUAACUCGAAAGACGUAUGCGAAACAUGUGCAAUGGGAAAACAAGCAAGCAAACCAGUACCAAAAGAAGUACAAACCAAAGCUCAGAAAGCUCUCGAACUUGUUUAUUCAGACAUUCUCGGUCCUUUCGAAGUAGCUAGUCUAAAUGGGUCAAAAUAUGCAGUUACCUUCAUAGAUAAAUAUACGAAGUGUUCAGUUGUAAAGUAUAUGAGUAACAAGUCCCAAGUUCUUUACAAAUUCAAAGAAUACGUGGCGGAAGCAGGAACACCCCAAAGAUUACGGACAGAUAAUGGGGCAGAGUAUACAGCCAAGCAAUUUAAAGAUUAUUGCAGAGAUUCAAAGAUAAAACAAGAAUUCACAGUUCCUGAAACACCACAGCAAAAUGGAGUCGCAGAACGCUUUAAUCGAACUUUAGUAGAAAUGGGAUGGUGUUUACUCAUUGAAGUAAAACUACCAAAGAGUUAUUGGGUAAGAGCUUUAGCUACCGCAGUCCACAUUCGAAAUCUCACAGCAGGCAUAAACAGCAACCAAAACAGGAGUCCUUUUGAACUAUUCACUGGUAAAGCACCAAGAAGAAAUCAUCUUAGAGUAUUCGGUUGCACAGCUUAUGUAAGGAAAAGAAAAGUCAACUUACGAAAGCUCGAUUCCAGAUCUGUGAAAGCAAAAUUCCUCGGUUACGAUGACAAGAGUACAGCGUACAUUUUACAAGAGUUUUCUACAAAGAAAAUCAUCAAAGCCCGUAACGUUCUCUUCAAAGAAGAUGAAAUUCAGUCAUUCUCAGCAAAGGAGAAUUCUAGACCAGAAGAGUCAUUUUUGGAAAGUCCAAACAUUGAUCUGGACAAUGAACGUUCAAAUGAUCAAACCACCGAGAAACCGGUCGAAGAUAAAGUGGAGAAAAAUAGAAAAGUAAUCCCAAAUACACAUGAUCAAUUGGAAGAUUAA